GUUCUCGUAGAGUCUCGCGCUCACUGAGCGACGCCACCAAAGCAGAAAAAGCAACUGGAGUGAUUAAAGGGAGCCAGCGGCCCGUAGGCUGAGCCUAUUUGGAUUGCAGGAGAGAAGCAUCGAUUAAAAAAUGACCAGGGGAAACCAACGUGAGCUUGCACGCGCGAAGAAUGCCAAAAAGCAGACUGACCAUGGAAAAGGCAAGAGGGGUGAUGAUGGGCUGUCUGCAGCUGCCCGGAAGCAGAGGGAUGCUGAGAUAAUGAAACAGAAGCAGAUGAAGGCGGAUGAAGGACCGAAACCAAGCACAGCGCCCAAGUAAAGAAUGAAGCCCCGAGAUAAAUUCAACUCAGCGUUUCCAGAACAUCCCACGUUCAGCAUUCUUCCUGAUAUUUAUGAGAACGAAUCUGUUAUUUUUGUCUAGACUCGAGAAUUUAGGAUCCUACACUCUUACCUAUGGCAAAUGACGUUGCUUGUUGGAAUUGUUACUUUACUCGGUGAAAUUAUGUCUCAACAAAUUAGUAGUUGUCCCACAUUGAUGCUGCAUGCGGAGGAGCAUCAGUGGUGUAAGCAGCAGGAGAAAGAUGAACAAUUAUUGACACGAAAGCGUUGUGUAUUUUUGUACUAAAAUGUCCCCUGCUGGUUUCAAAUAAAGUGUAUCUUUUUA